CGUAAUUUACCUCAACGGGAAGAAGAAGAAGAAGAAGAAGAAACGACGGCCGGCGACUGAAGACUGUAAACAGUGUGAAUUUUCAGCAGAGUAAAGAGGAAAGAAGGAAGCUAUAGAAAAGACGUAAUGGCUGUGUCUCCAAAAUUAUACUAUAAUAAACCUAAGAAAGCGCAGCUGAAGCAAAUUCAGCAACAACAGGCAUCUUCUCCGACGCCGGUGUCGGCGCCGACGGUGCCGUCAUCUAUGGCGCGCGGUGCGGCUCCACCUCCUCAGCCGCCUAAGGAAUCCUUUAUUCGCCGUUAUAAGUACCUAUGGCCUAUGCUUUUGGUUGUCAAUUUCUCUAUUGGAGCUUACCUUUUCAUGAGGACAAAGAAAAAGGAUGUGGGAACUGAGGAAGCAGAAAUAUUAGAUGUUCCUGGCGCCUCUAUUUCAACAGUAGCUGCUAGCACAGUUAGUGAAAAGGAAAAGGAAGUCACUGCUACACCUACUCUUCAGCCUGUGAUUGUACGAGAACCAAUACCCGAGAAUCAACAGCGUGAACUAUUUAAGUGGAUGUUGGAAGAAAAGAGAAGAGUUAAGCCAAAAGAUCAAGAGGAGAAAAAGCGCAUUGAUGAGGAGAAAGCCAUUCUCAAGCACUUUAUUCGAGCCAAGUCCAUCCCAGUUUUGUAAUUUUUUACUCUGACGAAUUCCAAUACUCGUAGGCUUGGAUGAAAAUUUAUCCUCAGGUUUGAUUUUCAUCUUUUUUUGGCUUUUCAAAUAUAAACACAUGUUGAAGUAAUGAAUUUGCUUGGACAAUGAAGUGAUGUCUAAUCCCUA